GUUUUUGGAAAACAGAGGGAAAAAAGAUGGAAAAGAAUUGAAAAGGCGAAACUUGAAAAUCUUCUACAUGUGCAUCCGGAGAAGUACAGAAGCCGAAGCACGCGGCCAACCAGAAGUUCCACACCGGUGGACUUUGAAGGGUUGCAGAAAAGUAGAUCUCGAUCUGCGGAUUACCUGUACGUUUGAUUUUUUCAUUUUUUUUCUCAUUAGUUACUAACU